CAGAAUUUUAUAUUAUUAAUAUUCGGCCAUAUCCGUGCCUAUUACACCAACCCUAUAAAAACGGCCGGCACCAGUGCACGGGUACUGCAGUCGGUGUUCAGCUAACGUUGUAUUUCAAUCGACGCGAAUAAUUCUUAUUUUCUAGACUUCAACACCUCUCAUCAUGACAUUUUACUCGACGGUUAGUUAUAAAUAUUUAUUAAUAAUUUUAUUUUAAUUUUAUAAUGUUUAUUAAUAUUAUUUGUUCGAUUUGGCGAACAGUUUUAGUUUGUAGCUAGUCUAAUUUUGUAGUUAAAUAAUUUUGGUUAGUUGAGGUUAGAUAAGGAUAUUUGUUUUACUUGGUGAAUUAUUUUAUAAAAAUACGUUAAAAUUACAGUUUAUAAUUUUUUUUUUUUUUUUUUUAUAUAUAUUUUUUAUAUUACAUACGUCAUUUGUAUGACCUAUUCAGGUAACUCGUCAUUGAUGAAAUAAUAUAUCGGUAUGAAUAAUCGAUUAUCGUUGUUUUUUUGGUUUUAAUUUAGUCAAACAUAUUCCUAGAGAAUUUUUAACAGAAAACAUAUAUUUGCCUUUUCUAAAUGAGGUAAAAUGUUCAAAAUAUUUAUGAGCUAUUAUUGAAUUUAUUUUUACGAUAUUAGUACGCCGUUUGGUGGAUACAUUGUGGAUAACAUUUUUUGACCAACCAAAAUUGGUUGAAAAUUUAACGAGAAGUUAUAACGAGUUCAUUAUAAAUUAUUAUAAUAAUAAGUGGUGAAAAAAAAUAAAAAACGUCUUAAGCUAAUAGAACGGGUGCAGUCACUGUUCUAAAUAAUUAAAUGAAUACCUGUAAACAACGAUAAACUAUUGCUUUUUGCGUUUUCUCAUGUUUUUUCCUUGGUUUGACAUUUACUGAGAAAAUGCUGGAGAAAAUUAAAAAAAUACUUCUAUAAAGGACCUUCCAAAAAUUUACUUUUACUAGAAGUUUGUGCAAAAUUGUUGUGAAACAAUUGUUCACAGGAUAAUAGGAGGCCAUAAUAAUGUUAACGAAUACCUAAAUUUCUCACAUUUGACUAGAAAUCUCCUUAGAAAAUUGAUAAAUGACCUUUCUAAAGGACUUCUCCACAUUGAUUUACUUUCAGAAAAUGUGCUACACAUAAAAAUCGGAGCAAAUCCUCUGGUAGAAAAGUUAUCCAAAAAAAAAAAAAAACAAAAAAAUAAACAUGAGUGUAAAACCAUAAACUUUUUCGAAAAAAUGUAAAAGGGACGAAAAAGUUACUGUAUUAACGAUUUUUUUCUUUUCAGUUUUGCCAUUUUGAUUUUUUGUUGUAAUUCGGUUUAAAAUGUUUGUAGUUACAAAUUAUAAUUAUAUUACACUUUUCUAGACGUGGUAAAUAUUCGAAAUAUUCAUGAGAUUUUUGAGUUAUUUAUAGUUACUCGUAACUGAUAUUUGUUAGUGAAGUAUUUAUGUGUUCAUCUGGUGGUUAGAUUUAGGGAGGUAUAGUUAUGAUAUAAUUCAUACAUUUAUGUAUAUUUCUGCUAAUAUUGAAAAUUGAAUGCCCAAUCUUCGUUCAGUAGAAUUGAUUUUGCAUUAUGAAUUUCAAUAUAGGCUCGUAAUAUGAACUAUAGAUAAGAACAAUUUCUGUUUUUGUACGUUGGUUUAUUUUUGAUAUUUUAAUUUUUAAGCAAGAUAUAAAGUUUUUAAAAUUGUAAUACUUCACAUGCUCGUAUCUUAAAAUUAGCUGUGAUUUCUAUUUCCAGAUACUAUAUAAUUAAUUUAAUUGUCAUUGGAAUAUUUUUCCGUAUAAAAAAACAAAUAACUUGAUUUAACUCUUAAACUUUUUAAUAGAUUAAAUUCCUUUCAAUUUGUAUUUUGAUUUAUUAUAAUUGAAAAUACACAUUUUCUCACAGAUACGUUGAUACAUUAGAGAUAAGAAACUGUGUUUACAAACUUGUUUGGAAAACACCGAUUAUUUGUUUUUCAUUUUCUACCAAAAAUUUGAAAUGUUCAUAGUUUUGAAAGUGCUCUUAAGAAAUAAAACAAACCAAACUUCCUCAAGAAUGCACAUAUUUAUCACUAGUAUAAAAUUCAUUUGGGUUUGAUUCACGCAGGCUAAUAUUUAGAAUAUUUAAAUGGUCAAAUAUGUCAGCCAAAAAAAAAUUGGACUUUUCUUCUGCAAUGUCAAUCAGAAUUAAUGAAACUUAUAAUCUUAGUUCGAUUAGCCUAGUUGGGACUUUUCCUCGUGAAAGCAAUUAUAAGUUCCUCUGUGUAGGGGAAAAGAGAGUUAUGAGUACAGCCAAUUCUGUUGCAAUUAAAUAUUUUGAAUAGCCUUUAUUUGAGAUGUCUGGCCCUGAUUUCAAAUGCGUAGACAUGUUUUGGGAGUCUAAUGCUUGUCGAUAAAACAUGCAAUAUAUAGAUCUAAAUAGAGGGGCAACUUUUAUUAUUUUUACUGCAACUCCAGGUAGCCUUCCAAUCAUAAAUAUAUUUUUUCAUCACGUAGCAUCUUAGAAGUUUUGCGUUCUACUAGUGGUACGCAUACCAUAGGUUGAGAAACACUGCGUUAUAUAAUUAAAAUAAUAAGGACAUACUUCGCACGAUGGAUGGACCACUGUUGUAGGUGAGUAAUUGGGAAGAUAGGAUAUGAAAGAGAAUUUAUAGUAUAUCUGUAUGAAAUGAUUAACCAUUGAAAACGAAAUACGUUUUUCAGUAAAAUUUGGUUAAACAUUUUUUUUAAAAAGCAGAAAUAACAAGUUAGAUAUUUUUUGUCAUCAUUUGAUAUUAAUAGUUAUAAUAAAAAAAAAAAAUACUACAUUAAAUUCAAUUGGGCCACUAAGUACUAUAAUGAAUCUUCUAUUAAUUCUUUAAGCAUUUUCGUUUGAUCUAAAAAUUUUAUUCACAAAGUACCUUAUGAAUAAUAAUGUUAAAAACUCGCAAAAUUAAAAUGUCUUUUAAUAGCUCAAACAGGCUCAAAUGAUUUAAAAAUUGCAUCACGUUUAGAAAAGGCAAAUAGAAAAAUGUUCUCAAUUGGUACGCAAUAUAUUGGUAUGCGUGAAACGAUAUCUUCAUUACAUCGUAUAAUAUAAAGUCCUAAUAUUAUUUUUAAAUAUUCAUUUAUACAGCAUUUGUUUUUGGAUUUUUGGAUUCCAUAAAAGUUGUAAAAUAUGCAAUUAUGUGCAAAUCGAAAUGGCAUUAUUUCGUACAGUAUCUUACAUCCUUCUUUUAAUGGGUGGGUGAAGUAGAUCCUUAAUGGGUACCUGAGCCAUAUUUUGUAUUCAAUUGGUAUGUACGGAAUAUUAAUUAAAAGUGUUAUAUGGGAGUUGGUUUUGUAAACGAGUGUGGUGGUCUACACAAACUUUAAUUUUAAUACUAAAGGAUAAUUGAUAAAGAUAAUUUCAAUGAAAUCGAUUUAACAGAAAAAAUUCUAAAAAUAUUUUCGUUUUCUGUCUUUUUUUCCGGGUUCCCCCAGUUAAUAAUACAAACAAAAAGAAAAUCAUAUUUGCACUAAUCCAAAGCAACAACGAGACAUAAAUAUUACUGAUUGAUGAAGGCGUAAGAAAUCUUUUCAAUGAAAUCGAUUUAACAGAAAAAAUUCUAAAAAUAUUUUCGUUUUCUGUCUUUUUUUUAUCUGUAAGCAACUUUUCUACCAGAAAACUUGCUCAGAUUUCUAAGAGUAGCACCUUUUCUGAAAAUAAAUCGGUUAAUGUAAGUACUUUAUGGUCAUAAAAUACGAAAUAUAUUACAUAAAUACUACGUUUUUUUUUCUGUACACAAUUUUGCUUCAACUUACGAUGAUAGUAAUGUUUCCAAAAGGAAAAUUCACUAGGUAGGUACAUUAAAGAGGUCAUUUUUUGACUUUCCCGAGUGUUUUUCUAAUUAAUGUGAAACACCGAGAAAAAACAUGAGGAAUCUGGGAAAACGUAUGAGAACUGGGAUUAUCGGUAAUUAAACAAAAAUUAUAUAAAAAAAUAUGUGAAGAAUAUGUGAAAAUAUGUAUGUUCAUUAUUUUAUUUUAAAAUUUUAAAAUUUAUAUAUUGUUGACAAAGCAUCAUUAUCAACUUCGCUCAGAAUCGUUUUAUCGUAAGCAAUAGUUUAUCGUUGCUUACAGGUUGCAUACAUUAAAUCAUCUAUAAAAGUGUCGUCUUUUUUAUUAUUUAAUUAAUAUUUGUAAAAAAAUCUCUCAAGGGCGAUUACCCUUAUUGCCUUCCCCGCUCAAAUGCGCCACUAGUGUAAUUUGUUUUUUUUUUUUUUUUUACAGAUAAUCAUUUCAUUCAUUGUGGCCGUUAUAGUAACUCAACAUGCGUCAUGCUAUCCAAGUGGCGAGCAUGGAGGUAUAGUAGAUUCAAUUGCACAUGCACUUACCGGGGAUUCAAGGAGCUCAGAAGAACGAAGGCACAGAUUAUGCAACAGUAGUGGUCACGAACACAUAAACGUCAUUGAGGUUAACAAUAGAGAACAUCACCGCGGUUAUGACCAUGAUGUGGACCCCAAGAUUGUAGUUGUUGAACAACCCCCUGUUAUUAGACGUGAUCAUUACGGAAACAUAUGUGAAUCUGGACAAUGCAUACAUGAUAAUACAUAUGACUAUGUAGGUCAGGUAGAUGGCUGCACAUCCGAUGAAUGUAGCAUGCAUCAGCACUACAAUAGUCAUGAACCAUCACUUGUGGUUCUCGAAAAUAACUCAAAUUCCCACGAGACUCACCACAUACACAGACCACAUGUUGAUGUAUAUGGCUAAUACCCUACAACAAAAUUUGAAGUAUUCCAGGCACAACAUCACGAAUGCACAUAAUUAAAAUACUCGCACAUUACUCCUAAGCGUAUUCUCGUAAAUAAACAUAUAAUUGUGAUUUGAAUAUUAAUAUGAAUUGUAAUAAUGAUAUUAUUUUAUUUUAUAUGUCGUUUUUAAAUUGUAUUUCAAAAACACCAAAUAUAACCAAUUAUCUAUAUUGAUUGAAAACUGCAUCGGCGGAUUUGUGUUUUAAAUUGGUGAAUCACGGUGAAAACCAUGACAAUCGUUUUACCGAAUUAAAUGAUGAAUUUUUCAAAUAUUUAUACAGUAAACUAUAUCAAAAAAAAAAUUGUGUCUCGUUUAAUUCAAAAUAUAAUUUAUAUGAAAUGAGCGUAUUGUAAUAUAUUAUACAUGAGAGCAUUUAUUGUGAAAACUCCUAAAAAAAAACCAAAAAAAUUACCUUUUUAAUGUACCACCACAGUAAGAUUUUGUUUUACAAUAUGCGCUAAUAUAAUAAUUUGGGACAAAAUUUCUAGUAGAAAAGUUGUCCACAGAAAAAGGAAAAGAAAGAUCUGAUACUAGGGAUGGAAGCGGCCACAGUUUUCGGGGAGUAGUUGGGAAGAUAGGAUACAUAAGGUUAUUUCAUUUAUGUCUGUAAUCAACAAUAAACUAGUGUUUGAC